GCAAUUUUAAGCCAGAUCGGAAAGGUCUUCAUCGUAACGGGCGGCUCGAACGGCCUGGCUUACGAGCUGACACGGCAGCUUUAUGGCGCCGGCGCUAAGGUCAACAUCCUCACUCGUUCUAAGGAGCGUACAGAGGCUGCGAUUUCCAAGAUCAAGGCGUAUUACGAUGACCAAGAUGCUAGAAAUCAGAGGGGAAGUCUCGAGUUCGUUCAUAUGAACUUGAUGAAUAUAGGCACUAUCAAGGCAGCCGCCCAAGAUGUGCUUGAUCGGGAGGGCCCGGGUGGACGUUUAGAUGUUCUGCCAGUCAAUUUUAUUCACUACCUGGCACCAAACAAUCCUCCCCUCAACGUUCAGGGUCAUAAGCACCAUUUUGCUGUCGACAUGUUAGGGUCUAACCUCCUGACGAAGCUCCUUUGGCCUAUUCACUCUAAAACUGCAGAAAGCACUCUACGCGGUAGCGUGCGGGUCACCCGGCCCGGAUCCAUCCUCGUUGAGCUAGGCAGCCCCAAAGGCGGUGUG